AUGAAUCCACAAAAAGAUCUACUUCGUGGAGAAAAUGUAAAAUGUAAUUCUCAGUACAAAGAGUUUUCUGGCACAGAAUCCAAAUCCUUCCAAAAAGCUAGAAACGACCAUUUGGUUCUGGAUGAAAAUGGUGGAAGAUCUAAGGACAGACAGUUCGGGCAAGAACUCAUCUUCUACAAGAUGGAACAGCGACAAAAGGAUUGGUUUGUGAGUGCUACUGAUGAAGAUAGAAAUCAAUAUGGAUUCCAUUCAAUGAAGACGUGUCUCGACAGUGAUGCGGGCACUCAUGUUGGGUCGCAUCCCCGCCUGAAGAUUAAGAAAGCAUGGUCGGGUCAGAACGACAUGAAGACAUGCGCUGGAGCGUAG